AACAGCUUUGUAUCGUUGUACAAAAGCUAUUUAUCCCUAUAGGUAUUUACAUAUUUAUAAACAAGAAUGCAUUUCGAUUGUAGGAGGUCAAUUAAAAAAAUGUCAGCCGACGUGAGAGCUGGUCGACCUACAGUGCCAACUAUUCCUCAAUCGAAGAGGCCUACCAUUUUGGUCUAUCCAACAGUAACACCGGAGAGCAUUAUUAUUCCCAUCGUAUCUUGCAUACUUGGGUUUCCAUUACUGGCUUUAAUGGUAAUCUGCUGCUUAAGAAGAAGAGCCAAAUUGGCGAGAGAACGUGCGAGAAGAAGGAAUUGUGAUUUGGAUCAUGGCGCUCUUAGUUUAGUCCGUUUUAGUCCGGUUCAUCGUUUAGCUGGCGUUGAUCGUCCAACGAGAACUGUAUCCUUGAAAAGUGAUCGUGGAUCAAGAGCAUUUCCAUCGUUAGAACUGGAUACCGUUGUCGAAGAAAGAUCUGAUCCUGAACAAAGUACUGCAUUGGAAUUGAGUAGUCCUGACUAGCAUACAAUAUUGGCACCGCCGAGAUCUCCUAGAUCGCCCAAAUCUUUAGCGGUGCCAAUAGACCAUAGCCCCCUAUGGACAGCUUUGACUCAAGCUAAUACGGUAUCUACUACUUUUGGAGAUACCUAGCAGGAAAUUGAAGGCGAGGGCAGUUACAUCGAAGCUCUCGUCCUUGAUUUGCCAAUUAUAUAUUAAAAUAAAUUUAUAUUCGCGAUGGGAUAUUUUUCUCAAAUAUCAAAUUAAUAGAAAAUUGAACAUAAUAAUUUUUCAUGUUUGAAAGUAUAAUUGAAAUCAUAUAGUAAUAACGAUAAUUAUUAAAGAGAUAAAAAGAAAUAAGAUCUAUUAUUAACAAAUAAAUUUUGCAUAGGAGGAAAAAAAAAUGAAAUACACAAUUAAAUUUUGUACCAAAACAACAAUCAUCAAACACGAUGUUCCAGAAUUGUAUGUAAAGCUUUUUACACGUUAGUGAUAACGAUAAUUAAUUUAAUAAGUAGAGAUAUAAUUACUAGAUAUGCUAAUGUAAAAAUAACUUUGCUAAUACAUACAAAAAAAAAAGAAAAAAAAAAAGAAAAAAAAAAGAAAUAAAAUGAUAUAAAUAGAGAAUCGUAUAAUUAAAGUCCAUAUAAAUGAUAUUUUUUUUGGUUUCCUUUUUAUAAUUUUAUAAUAUCGAUUCACUUUAAUUAUUGCAUUCUUAAUGAAGAGCAUAAGAAAAUAUGAAUAUUGAGUUUUCAUUUUUGUAAAUAUUUACAUAUAAAUAGGUGUUGUCAACUCAUACAAAUUAUGUCAUCACUUAAAAAUCAUUAAUACAUAAUAUUAAAUAUUAAUAUGUCGAUAAUAAGUGUUUAAAAGAAAAUAUUUAUAUAAGGACACUUUUUAUAAGCUUCUUUUAAUUUCUUUCAUUUUCUUAAUAAAUGCAUAUAUGCGCCAUGAUUUCACUUUUCACAUGUUUUUUUUUUU